AUAUUUUUUUGAUUAAUACGUAACAAAAAAAAAUGAAUAUUUUUUGCGAAUUUACAGUAUUCAUAUUGUUUAUAAGUAUGUCAAUGUACGAAAAUGCAUAAUUGCAGACUGCAGACGACAAAAUAUAACCAACCCGAAGGUUAAGGUUAUCAAACGUCUAAACAAUUGAAAAUAACACUACGUUGUACAUAGUUGCAGAAUAAAAUCUAUAACAUUUUUGUUGUUAUUUAUUUACUUUGUAACAUAAAUAUGUAGAUAAAAUCAUUUAAAAGAAUACUUUUUUCGUUAUUUUGACUAUGGAAGUAUUAAAAUUAUGGCUUUACAUAUGAGUGAAUCAAACCUAGGCUGUAUACUUUUGUUGUAUAAAUUGUAACCUACAAAGAUUUUCUGUUCAAGACAUUAAAUUUCACCCAAUAAAACUCCGAUAUGUAUUCAAAAGAAGACAUUGAAAGAAAACGUCAAGAGGCUUUGGAACGUCAACGACAAAAAAGAUUGCCUAGCAAUAGUGCAAAUCCAACAUCUGUUUUUCAAAAAAACAUUGAUAAAAGUUAUCCAAAUCAAAAUGCAAAACCUUCAUUAAAAAAUAAUAAUUUCAAGAAUUGCAUUAGUAAUGAUGGAAGCAAUAAAGUAACUUUUAAUUCAAGCAUGAAAUCAUUUUCUUAUGGAAAUCCUCAAAAAAAAAUGCCAAGCUCAUAUAAACAGCAAUCAAUAUUAAACCGAUUCAGUCCAAUAAAUAAUAAUAAAUUCUAUGGAAAUCAACCUGCAUGCGAAGUUAAUUGUUCAAUUAUAAGUAGUAAUAGAUUUGCUGCUGAUACAUCUAUAUUUCAUCAACCAGUGAUAGAAAUUUUGAAAACCAUUCCUACACGAUUAUAUGACGCUAAGAGUAAAGUAUGGAAUUUCCAUAUUAAUGAUUAUGAUUUAUUGCAUGAAAAAUUAGUUAACAUGAAACCAGAUGUUGUGUUCAAUGGACUACCAAGUUUUGUAUUAAAAGUUUUCAAAAAUUCAUUUCAAAAUGAAAAUAAAGAAAAACCAAUUGUAGAUUUAUCAAGAAUUGAUGCUACACUUCUUAAUUCACUUUAUCAAUUUCAAAGAGAAGGAAUAGAGUAUGGAGUAUUGCAAAAUGGAAGAUGCCUUAUAGCAGAUGAUAUGGGGCUUGGCAAAACAAGGCAAGCUUUAGGUCUUGCACAUUAUUAUAAAAAUGAUUGGCCUCUCAUAAUAGUUACUCCAUCCUCAGUAAGAUACCAGUGGUCUGAAGCUAUAAUUGAAAAUUUAUCAUCAGUACCUGCACAAUCCAUUCAACAUAUUGUGUCAACUAAAGACUACAUAGAAAAAAGUCAAAUUACAAUUAUAUCCUAUGAUUUAUUAGGAAAAAGAAUAGAUGAAAUCGCUGCGCGAAAAUUUGGUGUUAUAAUCUGUGAUGAAUCUCACUAUUUGAAAAGUCCCAAGACUCAAAGAACAAAAUCAGUUCAAAAGUUGGCAAAUUAUGCUCAAAGAAUCAUUUUACUAACGGGUACACCAGCACUUUCUAGGCCAAUAGAAUUACAUUCUCAAAUGAAAUUAUUGAUGCCAUCCUUUAUAAAUUAUUAUGAGUAUGGAGCUAGAUACUGUGCUGGUGUACAGACAAAGUUUGGUUGGGACUUCAGUGGUUCAUCAAAUUUGAAAGAGUUAGAAAAUCUGCUAAAAACCUGUUGUAUGAUAAGGAGGUUAAAAAGUGAAGUCAUGAAUCAAUUACCAUCAAAAAUAAGGCAAAAGAUUAUUCUGGAUAAAGAUCUAAUAAAAUCUACCACUAAAGAAAUGCAGGCUGCUUCUAAAACGUAUGAAAAAGAAAAAGGAUUAAAUUCCCACAUUGCACUUUUGGAAUAUUAUAGAGAGACAAGUAAAGCCAAGGAAAAAGCAGUUUGUAACUAUAUCACUGAAUUGUUGGAAAAUGAAGAAAAAUUUCUAGUGUUUGCUCACCAUCAAUCUAUGAUGGAUGCUAUAAGUCAAGUGCUAACUGCAAAAAAAAUUUUAUUUAUAAGAAUAGAUGGAAAAACAAAUGCAGAGCAAAGAAAAUAUUUUGUUGAUACGUUUCAACAAAAUGAGGAUGUAUUAGUAGCAGUGUUAUCUAUAACAGCUGCAAAUGCAGGCAUAACUAUGACAGCAGCUCGAUUAGUUUUAUUUGCAGAAUUAUACUGGAAUCCUGGUAUUUUAUGUCAAGCAGAAGAUAGAGUACACAGAAUUGGCCAAAUUGAUAAUGUUGUUAUACGAUAUUUACUGGCUCAAGGAACAGCUGAUGAUUACUUAUGGCCUAAAAUUCAAAAGAAAAUUGAAACGUUAAAUGAAGUCGGUUUAGAUCAAAAUUUUGAUCUUAAGAAAGCCGAAAUCAGUAAUCAAUUAGUUCAUAAUCAGCAAAAAAUGGAUAACUUUAUUAUGUCAUCACCACCAAAUGCAAUGAGUACUGAUGCAGCACAAAAUUCUAGCUUGCAAACAAGUUCGGAUAGUUUGAAAGAUUUACUAGAUCUGGAUGAUGCUGCCUUUGAUGACAUUGAUUUGGAUAAUAUUGUUUGAAGCAAAAAAGUUUUAAAAAUAUGUAUAUCGGUUUUGUUCCGAUAAUUUAUAAAAAUGUAGACUUAAUUAUUUUCUACGCGACGUUUAUACUUGUUUGGUUUGAUAAGAUUGGUAUAUAAGUUAUAAGAAUUAUUGUUUGAAGUUAUAGUGUAAAAUUUGAGUGAUAUGAAAGAAUGAUUAAAAAGUUAUAUUUUU